GGGAUUGAACCUGCAACCCAGGUAUGUGCCCUUGACUGGGAAUUGAACCCAUGACCCUUCAGUUCAUGGGUCAACACUCUAACCAUUGAACUUCACUGGUCAGGGCUAUGUUGCCUUCUUUUAUAAAAGCUUAAACUAUCUUAACUGUCCAAUAAAGACAGUAAUACAGCUUGGCAAGGAUUUUUAUUAAGGCAAAAAUGACGGAAGCACAGUGAUUCAGCCAUUUGCAUCCGGAUUUAGGUCCUUCCACCUCUCAAGAGUGGGUCUCUGAGGGAGGGUGUGUGUCUGAAAGAUUAAUGCAAAGUGCUUUCUACAUGUUUCACUCAGUCACCAAGAAACUUCAAUGGAACUCAUACUGUAUGCCUUUUACAGUGGAGGGAAGGAGGGAUUGUCAUUUGCCCAAGGUUACAGAGGCUAGUCUUUCCAUUGAGCUUUUUGCUUUUAAAGCUGAAAAUGCCAGGGACCUUGGCAUGUAGUUAGUUGAAAAGAAAUUCCAACUUGAGUUGAAUGGAUAUUGGACUAGUUAAUUUUACUGGGAGUGAAAAUGAAUGAUGGCCUUAAAGCCUUUUUUGAAACUUUGGAUUUAGUAUUGCUAGAAUUAGUUAUUUGACAAGAUAAGUACUUAACAAAUUUGGUAUCUCUGACAACCUUUGAUAAUUCUGAUAAUUGUGCUACCUUUUAAAGACUAAGUGAUGGAUUCAAGGAUGUAUUUUAAGAGUUUUAAGAAUUGAGGUAAAAUUCACAGUGAAAUGCAGACCUUAAAUUGAGUAAGUUUUGAUAAAUGCAUAAUCCGUGUAACACACACUCCAACCAGUAGAAUUUAUCUGUCAUCCCCAAAAGUUCCCGGGUGCCUCUUCCCAAUCACCUGCUCCCAGAGGCCACUAGUAUGCUGUGAUUUCUAUUACCAUAUUAGUUUUGUCUGUUGAAGAAAACCAAAUGGUAAACGGUGUUGCACAUCAUAGUGUACUCAAAAACAACCAUAACUGUUGAACAAGGUGGAAGUCUAUCCUCUUCAAACGAUCUUAACCUGCAGAUCAGAGUUUUUAAAAUGUGAAUUUAAAAUUAAUUAAAUAACCAACACUGGCUCCUGAGAAAGAAAAACAAAUUCACCUUACCUGAACUGUUUUCUUUUAAAACUCUUCCAUAACAUUUGGGAAACCAAGUAUUUUGGGAAACCAUGUUUACAACCCACCAGUUAGUCACUUCAAUGGCUUACUUUGUGCUCCCCCAGAAGAAAAUGACCCGGGAGAGAAGUGAUUAAAUCUGAAAAGUCAGGAGACUGCUGGCUCGCCCUUAAAGCCCGGGUCCCACCUGCGGGCUAAGGGGGUGUGUGCAUUGGCGGGGUCUGGGCCCCCUCCUGCUGGCCCCGGCGGUCCGCGCGCGUUUCCUGGGGGGUUUCCUGUUCCCAGCGGGGCGCAGGCAGGAAAGGAUGCGCCGCCCUGGACACGGGGCGGGCCUCGCCGGCUCGCGCAGGCCCCCGCCCUCUGAGUGCCGCCCACCCCGCGCUGUCGGAGGCGGGUCCGGGUGGGGCUGCGGUCGGCGAGCCGCCGGGCUAGGGCGCGCAGUCUCGGGGCGCAGGAUGCUUCGCGCACUACCUCGCGGGCCCUGAGGCUUCUGGCCCGCGCUCUCCUCGCCACCACGCGCCGCUGCUCCCGCCAGUCCCGAGAGUUUAGAUGUGAGAAAGGACAUGAGGAGACCAAAGACCUGGGAUUUUGCUGAUCAGAAUGAAACAAAUGUUGAAAGACUUUUCAAAUCUAUUGUUGGUGGUGCUCUGUGACUGUGUUCUUGGAGAAGCUGAAUAUCUCCUCUUGGGAGAGCCAGGACAUGUAGCGCUAAGCAACACCACAGUGUCUGUGGAUUUCCAGUAUUUUGAUGGUGCUAAUGGGACCCUGAGGAAUGUAACUGUGCUGUUGCUGGAGGCUAACACCAAUCAGACUGUGACCACCAAAUACCUCCUGACCAACCAGUCCCAGGGGACACUCGAGUUUGAAUGUUUCUACUUCAAGGAGGCUGGCGACUACUGGUUCACAAUGACUCAGGGAGUGACAGAUAGUAGCACUCCAGUUCCCUGGUGGGAGAAAAGUGCCUUUCUGAAGGUGGAAUGGCCCGUCUUUCAGGUUGAUCUGAAUAGGACAUCCAAAGCAGCAGAAGGCACCUUCCAGGUGGGCCUUUUCACCAAUCAACCACUAUGCCUGUUCCCUGUGGACAAGCCUGACAUCUUGGUGGAUGUCAUCUUCACCAACAGUCUUCCCGAGGCAAGAACAAGUCAGGAACAACCACUGGAGAUAAAAACCAGCAAGAGGACAGAACUCUCUCAAGGCCAGUGGGUUGAGUUUGGCUGUGCACCUGUGGGGCCAGAAGCCUAUGUCACCGUGGUGCUGAAGUUGUUUGGCCGAGACUCAGUCAUUACCUCCAUAGGACCGAUUGACCUGGCCCAGAAAUUUGGAUACAAAUUGGUGAUGGUGCCAGAACUCACAUGUGCGUCCCGGGUGGAGGUGAUGGUGCUGCCCCCACCAUGCAUCUUCGUCCAAGGAGUGAUUGCUGUCUUCAAGGAGGCCCCCAGACGUCCUGGGGAAAAGACCAUUCGCCUGGCUGAAAACAGACUGACUUUGGGACAGAGGAGAACAGUGUUCAAUUGCACUUUGUUCGACAUGGGGAGGAAUAAAUACUGCUUUGACUUGGGCAUUUCAAGCAGAAGCCAGUUUUCCACAAAGGAGAAGGAGUGCAUGCUAAUUCAGAGAAAUAUAGAAACUUGGGGACUGUGGCAGCCGUGGAGCCAGUGUAGUGCCACGUGUGGGGAUGGUGUCAGAGAGCGUCGCCGCCUGUGCCUGACUUCCUUCCCCUCCAGACCUGGCUGCCCUGGAAUGUCCUCGGAGACCUCCCGGUGUUCCCUGGAGGAGUGUGCUGUUUUCCAGCCAUCUAGUCCAUCUCCUCUUCAGCCCCAGGGUCCAGUGAAGUCCAACAACAUUGUGACGAUCACCGGGAUAUCCCUGUGCUUGUUCAUCAUCGUUGCCACCGUCCUCAUCACGCUGUGGAGGAAGUUUGGCCGUCCCCCGAAGUGUGGCACCCCCGCCCGACACAACUCCAUCCACUCCCCAAGCUUCCGGAAGAACUCCGACGAGGAGAACAUCUGUGAGCUGAGCGAGCAGCGUGGGAGCUUCUCGGAUGCAGGUGACGGGCCCUCGGGGAGCCCGGGGGACAUGGGCAUCCCCCUGACCUACAGGCAGAGUGUGCCAGUGACUCCUGAGGACGAGGCCUCUGGCAGUGAGAGCUUCCAAUCCAACGCCCAGAAGAUAAUCCCCCCUCUAUUUAGCUACCGGCUUGCCCAGCAGCAGUUGAAGGAGAUGAAGAAGAAAGGCCUGACCGAGACCACCAAAGUGUACCACGUGUCUCAGAGCCCCCUGACAGACACCGCCAUUGAUGCUGCCACGCUGCCCUCAGACCUGCCCUUAGACCCAGACAGCCCAGAGGACGCUGCAGCAAACAAGUUCCGGAUCAAAUCCCCCUUUCUGGAGCAGCCUGCAGUGGGCGCCGGGGAGAGGCCUCCCUCCAGGCUGGAUGUGCCUGUCUCUCAGGCCAGUUGUGCUGUAAGCCCCAGCCAGACCCUAAUCCGCAAGUCACAGAUGAGGCACGUGGGCAGCCGAGGGGGGCUGUCGGAGAGAAGCCACCCCAGGAGUUUUCAUUUCAGGAGGACGGCCAGUUUCCACGAAACCAAGCAGGCCCGGCCAUUCAGGGAGAGGAGCAUGUCCACGCUGACGCCCCGGCAGGCCCCGGCCUACAGUGCGAGGACGCGGCCCUGGGACCAGGCCGAAGGCAGAUUUAGACCUCAGAGUCGAGGUGCUGCCCUGUUUCCUGAGAAACGGGACCAUUUCCAAGGAGCAAGUGGAACCAGUGCUCCAUUAAGCUCUCUCCCUAAAUCCUGCACCUUCAGGCAGCCCGUGAGGAAACCAGACCUAGGGUUUCGCCAGGCAGGAUUAGUGGCGGGAGGUGAGAGAGCAGAGCCUCCCAGAGCUCGGAGGGGCCCGUCCCCCAGUCAAAGGAGUGUCUCAAGGAAGCAGCCUUCACCCACUGCUCCCAAAGAUAGCUACCACAGGGUGAGCCCUCUGAGCCCUCCUCAAUGUAGAAAAGACAGGUGUCAGAGCUUCCCGGCUCACCCGGAGUUCGCCUUCUAUGACAACACGUCAUUCGGCCUCACUGAGGCCGAGCAGAGGAUGCUAGACCUCCCCGGGUAUUUUGGGUCAAACGAGGAGGAUGAAACCACAAGUACACUCAGCAUGGAGAAGCUGGUCAUCUAGUCCAAGCUCAGCCUGAGACUUUACACACCGGUGUCCUUUGCCCAGCUCGUGUUAUUCUGUGGAUUGUUCCGUAUAACUGUACAGUAGGACAGAAUGUAGGCAGGAAGUAACGUCUGUGUGCAAGCAUUGUAAUUCAUAAGAAAGAGGCUAUUUAUCCUGAAUUUUUCCCUUUGUUAUCCUAUUUCUAUUGGUUUAUUACUAAUAACUACAAUAAUAAAAUUUGAACGAGUGAAA